AAAUUCGUCGUCAUUCGUCGGAAUCAUUCGAACUUUGAAAAUGGAUCGGUAGCUGGGAAGGAAACUUAAAGCGAAAUACGCAAAGAAAACGGCUUUUGUCCGCUAUUCAGCGAUUUUUUUUGUGUUGUAAUCAGCAGAGGAAAUUUUAACGACCAACUCCACCACCACCAACAACUAGCCACUUCCAGCAGUCACAGAAAAAAAAUAAUAGAAUUUACCUUUGCACCACCACUACCACUACCACCUCAACUACAACUACAACUACAGCAACAAUACUACUGCACAGCCAAGCCCACAAAGGAAAGGUGAAACGCAAAAAAAAAAAAACAAGCGCAGAAAAUAAAACCAAGUCAGAUAGCCGAAAAAAAAGCAGAGGUGCGAAUAGAUAAACCCAAUUUUUUGCUUGCGCUUUUUUCGCCUGUGUGAUGAGAGAAAUCAGCAGCAACCAUCGAUUACAACAACAGCAACACCAACGACGACUCAACCACCAAACUUGACCAACGAAGAAUAAAUAUACGAGGAAGACACUGACCGACAGAAAGAGCGAGAAAGAGAGGAGCGCCAGAAUUGAAUCAGUUUGCAUCAGCCGCUGCAUUUCUUGGCAAUUGGAUUAAAAAAUAGAGGAAAACAAAAAAACAUCCCAUAGGUGGCCACCAUUUUGAAUGAGCUGAAAAAGAAGACCGAGAGAGACGAAGAGCACGAGAGAGCGAGAAAUCGCUGCUCAUUUGUUGCACUACGCAUUGCAGCUGGCCGCGGCGUAACCGUAAACCCUUUUUCCAGAUUGGAAACUCUUCCUGUCUCCCUCUAAUCGCGUCCAGGAACACCGUAUAGUACCAAAAACCGAAAAACAACUACAACAACAUGGUGGAGCUAGAGGAGCCAAAGUCCGGGACAGCUGCCUCGACAGCAAAUGCAACGCUGCAGCGCAACAAUGCCAACGCCAACAACAACAACCCCCGUGGAUCUGGGGACAGCGGCAUCCGCAGCGGCAGCGGCAUUUCCUGCAGCAACACGGACAACAGCUGCAGCCAGAGUCAGUCAGACGGGCAGAAUGAGCUUACGCGCUACAGCAGCGAGGAUGUGUCGGGCAAUGAGUCGAGUGAGGCGCCCAACAUGACCGAGGUGGAGCGACAGGCGGAGCUGAACCGGCAUAAGGAAGAGAUGCAGAAGAAAAGGCGCAAGAAACGCAUUAGUUCCUCCCUUCAUUCCUCAACGUUUCAAGAGCUGUACAAGCUGACUGGUGAGAUUCUAGGCGAGGGAGCCUACGCAUCGGUGCAAACUUGCGUCAACAUCUACACCGAUCUGGAGUACGCUGUGAAGGUGAUCGAUAAGAUACCGGGACAUGCGCGUGCGCGUGUCUUUCGCGAAGUGGAGACAUUCCAUCACUGCCAGGGCCAUAUGGGCAUCUUGCAACUGAUUGAGUUCUUCGAGGAUGAUGAGAAGUUCUAUCUGGUAUUCGAGAAGAUCAACGGAGGUCCAUUGCUGACGCGCAUUCAGGAGCACAUUUGUUUCUCCGAGCACGAGGCGUCGCAAAUAAUCAAGGAGAUCGCUUCCGGAUUGGAUUUUUUGCACAAGAAGGGCAUUGCCCAUCGUGAUCUCAAGCCGGAGAAUAUUCUGUGCGUUAAGACGGACUCUUUGUGCCCGAUUAAGAUUUGCGACUUUGAUUUGGGUUCGGGAAUUAAGUUUACCACGGACAUCUCAUCUCCAGCAGCUACGCCCCAGCUAUUAACACCAGUUGGAAGCGCCGAAUUCAUGGCUCCGGAAGUUGUGGAUUUAUUUGUAGGUGAAGCGCACUAUUACGAUAAGAGGUGCGAUUUGUGGUCCUUGGGAGUCAUUGCUUACAUCCUGCUCUGCGGCUAUCCGCCGUUUUCGGGCAACUGUGGCGAGGAUUGCGGCUGGAAUCGCGGUGAAAACUGCCGCACGUGCCAGGAGCUGCUUUUCGAGUCCAUUCAAGAAGGACACUUUUCCUUUCCGGAGGCGGAGUGGCACGAUGUAAGUGAUGAGGCUAAGGACUUAAUAUCAAACCUUCUCGUCAAGCAGGCUUCAGAUCGCCUCAGUGCCGAGGCAGUGUUAAAUCAUACCUGGAUUCGUAUGUGCGAGCACGAGCCACCGGCUAGCAAGAAAUCAAGCCGCCAUAAGGCACUGCAGACGCCUAGCAACAUUCGACGCAAUCACCAGUCGGCGAGGGAAAUCUCGCAGUUUGCCGAAUCGGCCAUGGCCGUAAAGCGUGUAGUUCUUCAGCAUUUCUCGAUGCGUUACGACUACAUGAAAGAACGGCCAAACAUCUACCAACCGUCGCAGGCCUAUAUGGACGCCUAUAGCGAUGAGAACUAUAAUCCCAAGCCGCCGGCCCACUACACUCGUAAUCGCUCGCAGCGCAAUCCAGCUGCUUCCCUGUCGAGCUACGGAGGACGUAUGUCCUCAAUGCACGGACAGCGGACUAAUAGCCGUCAGUCCUCACGGAAUGCCUCUCGCAAUGCAUCAGCUAUUUAUCCAAGCAGCGGAGGCUUCAAGACUUUAAACGUGCAUGAGGAAGAUGACGACGAUGAAGCUCUGGAGGCUUUUGGUCGUAUCGAUGACGAAGAUGAUGAGUGGGCCAAGGCGACGAGGCAAUAUCAGCAGCAGCGUGAAUUGCAACAUCUGAAUGAGGCGCUGGGCGAAGAUAGAUAUAUGCGGGAGAGUGGAAGCGAAGGCGAGUAUAUAGAAGAAGAAGUGGAUGGAGAGAGCGAGGACUAUCAGCACUAUAAGCAUUAUUGGCGCGAGUUGGACAAGGACGAGGGCGAUGACUAUCUGUAUGAGCAGCAGCAACGCGUCGAUAACAUAGUCGAGGAAGAGGAGGAGGAGGAGGUCGAAGAGGAGGAAAAUCAACAAGCUGACAAUCUAAAGCUAUCGAAAGCUUACAAGGAGCAAGUUGGCGAGACCAAUGUGGAGAAAUCGAAGCCACAGGAGUAUAACGGUGGGUAUAAGAAGGAACUUAUUAUGGAUAAUAUGGAUAUGGAGGAAAGAAAACAGCAAAACGAAUUUGCUGAAUUCACCACAAUGCGCAAAGAUGCGCAGGAGGAGGAGAAGAUUAAGCAGCAGGAGGAGAAGAAGCCGCAGGAUGAUGUUGAUGGGGCCAAGAGGCAAGGACCAUCAAGUGAUAUUAGUGCUACUACCAUCACCGAUAAUAACAAGCAGCAAACACCAGUUAUGACUACAACACACAUUAACAACUGGCAAACUGGGGAUGCAAAUGAAGAUGAUGAUGUUAAACUAUUGGAUAGUAUUAGUGAUUUAAAUGAAAAGCUACCUGAAAUUUAUGAGACUGCAAAUAUUGUUGUCAACUCAGCGGCAGUGCCAGCAGCAUCGACAGCAGCAGCAACACGCCCACCAACCGUUAAACCAGAAGAUGAUGAUUCGAACGUGAUUAAACCGAAAACUGCUGCUGAGGGGACAACAAUGCGAUCGACUUUUGGCAAGGCGGCGGAGGAGGAGGAGGAUAAGCCUCUAACCCAAUCCCAAACCAAGGACCACCACAGCAAGACCGGCCGUAAUGUUUACUUUGCUCCCGAUGCAUAUCAGAACGACGAGGAUGCCGAUAUCGAUGAGGACGACGACUACGAUGAGGAGGAUGAUGAUCUGCACGUGCAGCGUAAGCAACCGCUGCCUUCCAUUGCCAAUGCCUAUACCCGGAAACAGCGACAGCAGCAUCAGCGAUAUAUUGUACCACGCUACCUUUCUGGGGAUCCCGUUCCUACGAGGCAGCAGACCGAGAAUUGGCGUUAUCGCACCCAUCACUCGCAGGAGCAGCAGCCGACAGCGGGCUAUCGCAAAUUCCGCCCGCCCUUCAGCACUGGAGGCGGAGGUGGUCACCAUGGCAACCAGCAGCGCAAUUAUUUGGGGAGCUUCUCGCACAGCGGCGGUGCCGCUGGCUACAAGAUUGCUCCGAUGCAGGCACCAAUGCCACCGCCACAGCAACCCCCUCCGCGGCACAAUAGCGCCGGAAGCAGUGGCAGUGGCAGCGGCAGCGGCGGAUCCCCACCAUCUGAUGAACAGUCGACGAUCCGUAACUGGCGUCAGGAAUCCGUUUAUGCCCGCAACUGCGGAAUGAAACAAUCGCAGGAGCAGCAUCGGUACAACAGUUCGUCGGCUCAGCGGGCUCCUCAGCAGCCUCGCAUUGGCAGUGGUCGCUUCGCCCACCUUCAGGCGUCCCAACUGAUCGAAGAGUUGCCAGACCCGAGGAUUGGCUUGUCGCCGCCCAGUGAGAGCGUGCUGCUCCAACGGCGAUUACGUCAACAGCAGCGGGCCAACGAUUUGUCCGAAUACUGCGAACCGGCCGCCGCCAGUGGUUAGGUCAAGUUGGACAGACAACUCUGUUUUUCACGCACAUUCUCUAAAAAAAAAAACAACUUUCCAGUUCUAUGAUUCUUUUUUGGUGCAACAUUUGAACACCAACCUACAUUUCAAGUAAAAAGUGUACGAAAAACUAAUUAAAUUCAAUUAAUUCCGCCAUGCAAACAGAGUUAAGAAAAAACCCAAAAAAAAAAGUGAGGAAUACAUUGUUGUAGGAGGAAGGGACCGCAGAGAAGAAAAAGCAGAAACCGAGGGAAAGUGAGAGUGGCAAUUGUCUACGCUGUUUUGAAGCAAGCCAAACAGUCGUUCGAGAUGAAAACAACAGAAAACAAAUACCUUUUUUUAUAAAAAAGAUUCGAAAAAAUUGUAAUUUAUAUUGCAGUAUAAUUUUUUUAUUGUGAAAAAAUAAAAACGAAUACGAAAAGUGUUUGGUCAAGAGAUGCAUAAA